AUCUCCAAGGAUUUGCAAACUUUAAUUGGUGACUUGAGUGCUCUUUUGCAGUACCAUAGAGAAGAAUUAUUAUUUGGAAGCUUCAUAUUUACGCUAUUCUCUUGAAACAGCAAAACAAAGUAACAUAAUGGGUGCUUUCAUGGUUCUCAACAAGUUCACUCUUCUCUUCCUCCUUGCUUCAACUGCAUUUCUGUCACCAUCUUCUGCAGGUCGACGAUCCAUGUUUUUGGACAAGUUGGCCAACCAAGUGGAUGCUACUAUUUAUGAGGAUUUAUCAAGUAAACCAUCAAGCCUUGAUGAAGCAAGUAUCAUCCACGAAAGGAUUCUGAGAGCUAACACCAAAGACUAUGGAACCUAUGAUCCUGCACCAGCUCUCGUUAAGCCUCCUUUCAAGCUUAUACCAAACUGAAGGUUUUAACCAUGAAGGGCUGCUGAGUCCAAGCACUUACUAGUAUAUAUAUUAUAUAAAUAUAUUUAAAUAAAUGAAGAAAGAUCUUUCCACUAUCAAUAUAUACACCAAAUUUUGACCCUAAAGAUGUGUUACAUAUAUAUAUAUGUAGUUUAUUAGAGAGUAUAUGCAUGUAUAAUUAAGCUGUGACUAUGUAAUUAACUAUGAAUAUGCAAAAUAAUAAAUGUUGUCUGUGUUUUUGUCUC